AUGGCUCCUGCUUUAGAAAUCAACCCAUCUGUACCUUCCACUACCGCCGAUUCUCUCAAAGUGGCUAGCGAAGCUGCGAAGAAAACCAGCAUCCUCCAUAGGACACCCUGGCAGCCUCCUGUCGCUGUUGGCGCAGAGGGGAUUUAUCUUGAUCUUGAGGAUGGGACUAGGGUAAUUGAUGGUGUGGGAGGUGCUGCCGUCUCCUGUCUUGGAAACAGCCACCCAGCGGUCCAACAGGCCAUCAAAGAUCAAGUGGACAAGGUUUCGUAUGUUUACAACAUGCAGCUAUCAAACGAACCGGCCGAAGCACUUGCCAAAAAGCUUGUUGAUACAAGCGACGGUGCCUUUGAAUUGUGCGGUUUUGCCUCUGGAGGAUCUGAAGCUAUGGAGAGUGUUAUGAAACUAGCAAGACAGUAUUUUUUCGAGAUUGGCCAAAUCCAACGUACAAAUUUCAUUGCGAGACAGCUAUCUUUCCAUGGUAACACACUCGGAACACUAUCUUUGGCUUUUCACCCGACCAGACGUGCCCCAUAUGCCGGUAUACUCGACGAUAAGCACUUUCACCAUGUUUCCCCAGCAUAUGCAAAGCGCUUCCAGAAGCCUGAAGAAACUGAGGAACAAUAUGUUGAACGUCUACGGCAAGAAUUAGAAAACAAAUUUAUCGAACUCGGACCCGAAACAGUUAUUGGAUUUGUCGCGGAAACUGUGGUGGGAGCGACGACAGGUGUGGUUCCUGCCCCUAAAGGUUAUUUCAGAGCCAUGAAAUCUGUGUGCGAUAAAUAUGGUGCUUUGUUUAUCCUUGAUGAAGUUAUGAGCGGUAUGGGACGUAUGGGUACUUUGCAUGGAUGGCAAUCUUUCGGAGAUGGUGUAGCACCUGAUAUUCAAGCAGUUGCAAAGGGCCUAGGAGGAGGCUAUGCAUCCAUCGGCGCUAUCUUGAUGUCGCCAAAGAUUGCCAGUGGCAUUCGAGAUAAUGCAGGUUUAUGGAAACAUGGGCAUACUUAUCAGGCAAGCCAACAUGCAUGUGCUGCAGCUUUGGCUGUUCAAAAUGUUAUCGAGAAGGAGAACUUAUUGGAAAACAUUCGUACUCAAGGCACCUAUCUAUAUGAGCUGCUGAAAGAUGGGCUUAUUGGCCCAAAUGCCUUGGCUGCUCCGUAUGUAUUCGAUAUUCGGGGGGGUGGCGGUUUUUGGGCAGUCGAAUUCGAUUUCAAGGAUACCUAUUUCAAGACUUCCUCGUUUGCAAUGCUUGUACAGGCCAAAUCAUUACAAAAUGGCUUAAUUGUGAUGGGCAUGGUCGGCGGUGCAAACCUGGAAGGUACCAAAGGUGAACACAUCAUAUUCGCACCUGCAUAUAAUAUCACAAAAGAAGAGGUAGAAAAGAUUGCUAGCAUCUUUAUCAGAAGUGUGGAAGAUGUGCUGAAGGAACACAUACCACAAUAG